UUUAGUUAAUGUGGCAAUAUUCAACGGCUGUCUUUCAUCAUCGUCCAGAUUUGCUGCAUUCCUUACAUAUUUGUUUAUCUAUUAUAUUUUUCCAUUUAUACAACAAGCAAAAUUGCCUCGCCAGUGAAAAGGUUUUGGCGCAACUGCAUAAAUAUUCUUGGUGUAUUUAAUAAGCAGUUGCAAGGCUCAAUAAUGGAUUCGGAGCCAUUGGACCCCAUGGACAUAUUGGCUUAUACUACUGAAGAGCUACAGGGGCGUUUCCGUCGUGCCAAAGAUGGCACAGAGAAAGCAAAAGUUAUUUCUGACUUCCUCUGUCGUUGGGAUGCAGAUGACGCACUCGCGCCUGUGAAGAAAAUGAAAAUCGAGUUUCAAGAUGAUCUCGAUUGGUUCAAUGUUACACGCCCGUUACCUUUGAAGUCGCUGCGGGGCAAGCUGGUGGUACUAGAUUUCUUCACGUAUUGCUGUAUAAACUGCAUGCACAUUUUACCGGAUCUGCAUGCACUUGAAGAGCUCUUCCCACCCGAAAGUGGGCUCGUUGUAGUUGGUGUACACAGUCCAAAAUUCGAAAAUGAAAAGGAUGGCGCAAAUAUACUCUCCGCAGUACAACGUUAUGGCAUUACGCAUCCAAUCGUGAAUGAUGCACGCAUGACAUUGUGGCGUGCCAUAGGCAUACGCUGUUGGCCAUCGCUGCUGGUACUGAAUCCAUCAGGUGCGCCAAUGCUACUGCUGAUGGGUGAAGGUCACGGCGUUUUUCUACAAUGCUUCACCGAGCAGGCAUUACGUCAUUAUAAAGCAAAAGGUGAAAUUGAUAAUGCUGAACUGCCACUGAAACUGGCCACAGAUUCUUUGCCUGCCUCAAACUUGCGUUUUCCGGCUAAAAUUGCUCGUAGUGAAAAUGGACGCUUUGCUGUGGCCGAUGCGGGUAAUCAUCGUAUUUUGAUUUUCGAUAGCGAAGGUGUGGUACACCAACGAAUUGGUGGCUGCAGUGCUGGUUUUGUGGAUGGAGAUUUUGAGACGGCACGUUUUAACUCACCUCAAGGACUGGAUUUCCUUGACGAUGAUGUAUUAAUCGUGGCCGAUACAGAGAAUCAUGCGUUGCGACAGGUUACAUUGAGCACACGUCGCGUUGAAACUCUAGCAGGUACGGGCCAGCAGGGUAUUGAUCGUGUUGGCGGUAAGUUGGGUCCGUUACAAGCCAUCUCAUCGCCUUGGGACAUUGCGGCGUUUAGGAUGCGCGACAUGGAUAUGUCCUUUCAUGUUGAUGAGCGUAUUGUGCCUGAGAAGGCAAUCGUUUUAGUGGCCAUGGCUGGCACACAUCAAAUAUGGGGCUAUUUUCCAGAGGGCAUAAUUUGGUGGAAAUAUAGACAGUUGGAUCCGCGUACUUGUCUUGCUAUAUGCGGCAAUGGCAUGGAGGAGAAUCGUAAUAACUCUUAUCCACAAAACGCGGCGUUUGCGCAACCCUCUGGCUUGGCAUUGGCGAAGAAUUUCCUCUUUAUUGCGGAUAGCGAGAGCUCCAGCAUACGCAAGGUCUCAAUGGUGGACGGCAAAGUGAUGCCGGUUGUGGGUGGCGAUCGUAAUCCUUUGAAUUUAUUCGCCUUCGGUGAUGUAGAUGGAAAGCAGUAUAAUGCAAAGUUGCAGCAUCCAUUGGCAGUCGCUUACAAUAGCGUAACUGAUAAAAUCUACGUAGCCGACACCUAUAAUCAUAAAAUCAAAGUGAUUGAUACUACCGCAAGCUCAGUAGAAACUCUAUUGAUCAAAGAUGAAAGCGACACUACAUUACAAUUAAAUGAGCCGGCCGGUCUAUGUUUUGAUGCCAGCGGCCAACUUUUAUAUGUGGCCGACACCAAUAAUCACAGUAUACAAUUGGUCGACAUGAAAACGCUGAUAGCGAAAACCUUCUUGCUGAAUUUUAGCGCUGUAACUGCUGCUCAAGCAGCUACGGAAACAGAUUCGUUGAUUAGUGGGAGCUUACAGCUGCUCAAACGUGUGCCAUUACGUGCCUGCGUACAGUUGAAAUUGCGCGUGAAUAUAAACCUUAGCAACGAGCUAACAUUAACUGAUGGAGCGCCACAACGUUGGACACUGAAAAGCGCAGCACCAGCUUUACGAGCUUCUGCCACUUCAGGACAAAUCCACAAUGGCACAAUGCAGCUGCAGCUCGAGCGUAUAGCUUCAUUUCUGCCGACAGAGGAAGAGGUGAAGUUGGAUAUUGCUUUGAGCUUAUGUGACGCCAAAAGUUGUCUUAUGAAGCGUUUUUCGCUUAUAUUAAGGGAUAGUGCCGCCGAUGGUGCACAUCUCACUUCAAAACCAACCGACAAAGCUGGUGUACUUGAUGAAAACAUAAAUAUUUAUAUCACACAAAGUGAUAUAACUGUUAGUUAAUGAAGUUUAAUCGCAAUCGUAAUGUACAUGUGCUUGUAUAAAUUUGUAUGGAAACGCUUGGUGUCCUUUUAUUCUUUAAUAAGUGCAUAAAAAUGUUAAAAAUACUUGCUGAGAAAGCAAUUAUUAGUAAUUGAGACGCCUUAGUAGUUGUUAAUAAAGUUGUACUUAAAGAAAGUA